AUGAAAUUAAGUCUUCACAAAAACCAACAAAGUGUUAUUAAUUUUAAUUUCAGUUUAUCUGAGAGAAGUUUAUUAAUUAAUUUUCUCUGUUCUCACAUUGCUGAUUCUUCAGGUGUUCUUCAUUGUGUUCUAGUUGAUGCAAAUUUUCUCUGUUCUCACAUUGCUGAUUCUUCAGAUCAAUGUGCUCUAGUUGAUGCGGUAUAA